CGCAUGAGAGGACAUUUGCAAUAUAAUUUCUAGACUAAAUAAUGUGUUAAAUUAAUUUUGCUCGCAAAGCAAUUGGACAAUUCAAAUCUACAGAUUGGAAUUCCAUAAAAAUAAUUGCUCGAAAUUGGAAGUGAAAAGUGAAAGAAGAAAAAUUAGAGAAACGAAGCAUAAAAAUAUUAAUUUGAGGAAAGAAAGAAGUAGAGAUACAGUAAAGUUGGCAACACAUAUAACAUUUUGCAUUUCAAGAAGUAGUAAAUAAAAAGUAAUCGAGUAAAAAUGUCUGCACAGAAUACAAAUGAAGAAAUGAAUACUACAAAAGCGCUAGACGAUUCAAUGAGCAAUAAUAAUAAUUUGAAUGAGUCGAUGACUGUUGUUGGCAUUGAAAUGCAAAGCACUUUAGAAGUGAACGAAAGUGAAAGCACAAAACCGUCAACAACGAGUGUGCUUAAUGAAUGUGAUUCAAUUCAAAAUUUGAGGCCUUCAACUUCAUGUUCAACGGCAACGGCUGUGUCAAGUGAACCAACAUCGAUGGACUCAAUUGAUAACUCUGGCGAUGAGGGAAUCGAUGAAUUGAUGGAUGAUGUUGAUUUUUCACCAAAUCUCUCCAGUAACACUCAAGAUUUAUCGAUUGAAGAUGGCUUUAAGAUGAUUGAAUUGCAGCCAAGAAUUAAAGUUGCUGUGGCUGAUGAAAUUCCAAUUCCAAGUGAUUUGAUUGAUUUACAAUCAGAUAACAUUGAGGAAGAAAAUGAUGCAGACACGUUGUCACCAUUAGUCAUUGACAAUCAUGUUUGUAUCGAGCACUGUGAAAUGUUAAAGCAUGGCAAUCACGAGAUUCCCGGCAUGUAUGUUAAUUUCGAUGUAGAUUAUGCUGAAGAAGAAGAAGAUGAGGACGAUGAUGACGAAGAGAGAGAUGAAAUAAUGGCAAAGCAAACGUCCUCGACAGCUACUCCCUCUGUGUUCAUGAAAUGUCCAAAAACAACAAAAGACUCAUACAGCUCAACGGACAGUGAUAUAUCAUAUUCGUAUGAGAGCAAGAAAUCUGUUAAUGACAAUCUCCACGAACAAAAUCAUCAACAUGAUCCUAAUUCAAUGUCAGAUGAUAAUAAAGAUUCAGGAUGUGAUCUUAAAAAUAAGAAUAGCAGCGAUGAUGAUCAACCAAUCGAGAUUCCUGACGAUGACUUUUGCGAGAAGAUUGUCGAGCAAGUUGAAUUUUAUUUCUCUGACGAUAGCUUAUUGAGAGAUGCAUUUCUCUUAAAACAUGUUCGUCGCAAUAAGGAAGGGUAUGUUAGCUUAAAAUUAGUCUCGAGUUUCAAGAGAGUUCGGGCAUUAACAAAAGAUUGGAGAGUUGUUGGAAUCGCGAUUAAGCGUAAGAGUAAGAAAAUCGAAUUGAAUGACAUUGAAACGAAAAUAAGACGUGUUGAUCCAUUGCCAAUGCACGAUGAAACGAUGCCAUCUCGAACAGUAGUCGCAACAAAUUUGCCAUGUGAGAAAUUAACAGUUGAGAAAGUUUAUGAAAUUUUCGCAAAAUGCGGUGAGAUUGCUUUAGUCAGAAUUUUACGUCCAAAUUGUUCGAUUCCAGCUGAUAUUCGACAAUUUGUUAAUAAGCAUCCCGAAUUACAGCAAAAUGAUUGUGCCUUAAUCGAAUUUAAUGAGUCGUCAUCGGCUCGAAAGGCACAAGAUAUGAAUGGAAUAAUUGUAUUUGAAUUGGUUUUGCCAAAGAAAAAGACUGGUAAGAAGGCCACUAAUAUGACAAAAAUGAUUGAAAACUUCAAAUAUAAUUCAGAGAGUGAGAAUGAGCGUACGCGUGGUGGUGAAAAUAUUGUCAAUAGCAAUACAAACUUUAAUAAUCGCUUUUAUCUUAAACGUAAUAAUUCGGGUUCACAAUUCCAACAACGUUCGGAAAUGUAUCAGUGCUCUCCGUCGCCACGUAAAAUGUCACUUGGCAAUGAAAGUAACGUGUAUGUUCCACCAAUGUUUAAUAAUUAUGAACAGCAGCAGCAACAUAUACCAUCACAGCAGAUAUAUGAAAUUCCUGCAAGGCGUUUGAGUAACGGAUGCAUACAAAUUCAGUCUGAUAGAAAAUAUUCAAAUUGUUCCGAUGGAUAUUCAAGCUGCUCUGAAGCAUUGUCACGUAGACCAUCUAUGUGUUCUGAUGUCCAACGUCGUCUUUCCAACUUCUCAGACAUUCAUGCUGGAAACUCUCCAGCAUCAUCAAGACGAUCAUCAAUUGGAUGUAUCGAUUAUUGCUCAUGCGGAUCAAGAAGAAUGUCUCAAUAUUCAAAUGUAUCAGACACAUACAGAAGAGUCUCAAAUGGCUCCAUUACCGAAUUCCCACGUAAAUUCUCAACCAGUUCAACUGGUUCUCGUAAAUAUUCCACUGGUUCUUCAAUCGCACAGACAGACAGUCGACGCAUUUCAUUCGAUCGUAGAAACUCAAAUGCUUCCAUUAAUCUCGAAAGGAAGUAUUCAAAUGGCUUUGAUCCAUUAAGAAAACUAUCACAAACCAGUGACUAUUAUAUAAACGGAAGGAAAAUUUCUACCGAUUCGGGUUAUGAUCGCCGAUUAUCAAUAAAUUCCAUAACUUAUGACAAUGAAAAUCCAAUAACUCGAUCACGAAACAAUAGCUUAAUCAUGUGUCAAAAUCAAAUUUCAAAUGAGCCAUUAAUUCGCAAGCCACUCGGACCAGACCCAGAAGGUUCCAAAGGUUUUGGAUUUAGAACUAGAAAGAUUGGUCUUAUUCAAGACAACAGCGUAGUUAUUGCUAAUUAAAUUAGAAUUAAGUUAUUUCUUUUCGAAUUUAAUAUUUAAAUUUUAAUGAAUAAUAUUCUGGUGGGCACUUACUGCCUGCUUAGGAUUGUCAAUAUAUUUGUGUUCUUCAUACAAAAUUUACUUUCAAACCAAAGGUUUGGUUAUAUUGCAAAUAAGUUGGAUCAGCACGCUUAAUACUGAUUCAGUCCACUAGGUUGUAAAUUAUUUUACUUUAAUAAUCAACUCUAUGAAAUCUUCAAAUUAACGAAUAACUUUAUUUUUGGAAAUCAAAUUUCCAGAAUUGCGGAGAAAAUUUGAAACUUUCUAUUAUUUUUUUAACUGUUACUUUUUG